AUGAAGGAGACGUCGGUCCAAGGAUGGCUUUUCCUCGCCUCAGUCAUGGAUUUCUCUCUGACCAGCAUAUUUUUAGCCGACGUAUCCUUAAGGGAGAUCCAGGUAAAGAUGGAGCUGCAGGCCCACCAGGUCCUCCUGGACAGCCAGGUGCCAGAGGCCCCCCUGGAGACACAGGAAAAGAUGGCCCAAGGGGACCCCAAGGCCUUGCUGGUGAGAAAGGAGAAAUUGGAGAAGGUGGUAUCAUGGGUGAUCCUGGUAUUCCUGGAGAAAAAGGUGAUGCUGGAAUCCCAGGAGAGCCAGGGAUUCAAGGGCCAAAGGGUGAACAAGGAAGUACUGGACUCAUAGGAGACAAUGGCAGUGAUGGGCUUCCUGGGUUACCAGGGCCAAAGGGAGAACCAGGAAACAUUGGCCCGGUAGGAGAGAGAGGCAUAGAUGGGGUACCAGGGAUAAAGGGAGAACCAGGAAGCAUUGGCCCAGGGGGAGAAAAAGGCAUAGAUGGGAUACCAGGGCCAAAGGGAGAACCAGGAAUCAUUGGCCCGGUGGGAGAAAAAGGCAUAGAUGGGAUACCAGGGCCAAAGGGUAAACAGGGUAAACAAGGAAGCAUUGGCCCAAUGGGUGAGAAAGGCAUAGAUGGGAUACCAGGGCCAAAGGGAGAACCAGGAAUCAUUGGCCCAGUGGGAGAAAAAGGCAUAGAUGGGAUACCAGGGCCAAAGGGAGAACCAGGAAUCAUUGGCCCAAUGGGAGAAAAAGGCAUAGAUGGGAUACCAGGGCCAAAGGGUAAACAGGGUAAACAAGGAAGCAUUGGCCCAAUGGGCGAGAGAGGCAUAGAUGGGAUACCAGGGCCAAAGGGAGAACCAGGAAUCAUUGGCCCAAUGGGAGAAAAGGGCAUAGAUGGGAUAUCAGGGCCAAAGGGAGAACCAGGAAACAUUGGCCCAAUGGGAGAAAAAGGCAUAGAUGGGAUACCAGGGCCAAAGGGAGAACCAGGAAGCAUUGGCCCAAUGGGAGAAAAAGGCAUAGAUGGGAUACCAGGGCCAAAGGGAGAACCAGGAAGCAUUGGCCCAAUGGGGGAUAGAGGCAUAGAUGGUAUACCAGGGACAAAGGGAGAACCAGGAAACAUUGGCCCAAUGGGAGAAAAAGGCAUAGAUGGGAUACCAGGGCCAAAGGGAGAACCAGGAAGCAUUGGCCCAAUGGGAGAAAAAGGCAUAGAUGCGUUACAUGGGCCAAAGGGUGAACCUGGCGAGAGAGGAGCAGAUGGACACAUUGGGCCACGGGGUCCUCCAGGCCUGAAAGGAGAACAGGGUGAUACAGUAGUAAUUGACUAUGAUGGUAGAAUCUUAGAAGCUCUCAAGGCUGCAGGAAAACUCAAAUUGACGGGUCCACCAGGACCUCAAGGGCCACCGGGCCCUCAAGGAGCUCCAGGACCGAAGGGAGAGCUUGGAUUGCCUGGUCCACCUGGAGUUGAUGGAGAGAAGGGCCCUAAAGGAUCAAAAGGAGAUCAAGGAAGCUCUGGGCUAGUAGGUCAGAAAGGAGAAGUUGGAGAAGUUGGCAAGACUGGUCCACCAGGUCCUAAAGGAUUGAAAGGAGACCAAGGAAGCCCUGGAAUAAUGGGUCCGAAAGGCGAGAUCGGAGAAAUGGGCUUGUCUGGUCCACCGGGGAUUGAUGGACCAAAAGGAGAACCUGGUAAACCCUGUGAGCAAGACCUUGUGCAGACCAUACCUGAACCAGGACCUCCUGGCUUACCAGGUCCCCCAGGCCCUGUGGGUCCUCAAGGAAUACAAGGACAUAAAGGUCCUCAAGGAAUUCAAGGACAAAAGGGCUCAGAUGGUUCAAAGGGUGCAAAAGGUGAAAGUGGUCAUAGAGGUGAAAAAGGUGUCCCUGGGCCACAUGGUCCUGCUGGUACACCUGGACUUAUUGGCUUACCUGGCACUAAAGGGGAGAAGGGAAAGCCAGGGGAACCAGGAUUAGAUGGUUUCCCAGGCCUAAGAGGAGAAAAAGGAGAAAAAAGUGAAAGAGGAGAGAAGGGAGAAAGAGGACUGCCCGGCAGAAAAGGAGCAAAGGGGCAGAAAGGAGAACCGGGCCCCCCUGGAUUGGAUCAACCUUGUCCAGUGUUCAUUUUUAAAGGGGAGCCAGGUUUACCAGAACUGAAUGGUGUGGAUAUGCUCUGCCCUUUGGGACCAGAUGGAUUACCAGUACCAGGAUGUUGGCACAAGUGAUCCUACUGGCAUGGACUUUGUAAAUAAUAGUGUGAUAUAUUUUGAUCUUUUCUAAUUUUUAUACAAAAAGGAAAAAAAGUCACAAAAACAUUGUCUUCAACAGUAAUAUAUUGAUCUUUUUAUACUGGAUGCUGUCAUGUAUGGAUUUUUUUUAGAUAUAAACAUUCCCAAGGCUCAUAGGACAAACAUACAUACCAUCAGGAGUUUAUAACUGGACACUCUGAAUUAGUUGGGAAUGAAUGAUAUUCGCUGCUAAUGCUACUGUGUGGAGUGGACUAACAGCACUGAGAAAAUUUGCCUAGUGUGCCUUAUUGCAUGGAGAAGAAUCUACUCUAUUUUAAACUUUGGCUUUCAACUCUGCAAUUCUGUU